UGUUGCCAGGGUUUCACUAACUUUUUUGUUAAUAUGAAGAGAUUGCGAAGUUGUGUUUAUGAGUUCCAAACAUCUGACAUCUCGACGGAGGAGAAGCCGUAGUGAAAAGUUGCUGCGCCUAAGAUAAACAGUUACAAAUUUCCACCUUUCGUUUAUUCACUCGAAUACUGAGUGAGCAGAAAUCAUGAAAAUGCUUUUAAAGGAGAUUUUUGCCUUCAUGAUGAUCUUAUUGGGGACAAAAAUUCUGACGAUAAACGGAGGAAACAUAGCUCUCCGUCAGCCCACUGCUUCAUUGAAUAUACGGGAAGGCACAGCGCUUCCAGGACUUGCUAAUGACGGAGACAAAGACUCUAAAUUAAAAUCUCCAGACAACAGUUUCCGGUGUUUUGCAAGUGUGUCUGAUCCUACUCAUGGGGGGUGGUGGCGAGUUGACCUUGGGCGGACAUAUGUGGUCGACGAGGUUUUUCUUAUAUCGAGGACGGAUUGCUGCCCGAAUAGACUGGCGGGACUUGAGAUCAGAGUGGGAGACAGCUUGGUGAAUAACGGAAUAGAGAACCCUAUGUGUGGACGUAAUAUCACCACGGGACCGAUCGACAAGCCCAUCUACUGCGUGCCGGGUCUGCGAGGUCGCUAUGUCGUACUCUACAUCCCCGGGGCGAACAACAGACUUGAGAUAUGCGAAGUCAUGGUAAACCGGAACCCGACAGUGAAUCAUGCAUUGAACCAAUCUACGAGCCAGUCUUCGACAAUUUUUAAUGCUUAUGAUAAGCGAGCAGUUGACGGCAACCUUGACGGAAGAUUUCAACAAUACAGCUGUACUCAUACCCAGGAUAAAGCCAAUCCGUGGUGGAGAGUGGACCUGGGCACUAGACAAGCGGUCUCUGAAGUGUUUCUUGUGAACCGAGUGGAAAACCCAGAGAGACUAAACAAUGUAGAGGUCAGAGUUGGUGACGAUUUAACUGAUAACGGUAACACCAACCCUCGCUGUGGAGACAUGUUCACCAUGGCAACCUUGCACAAGCUGUCAAUCUACUGCGAGCCGAGGAAAUCAGGACGCUAUGUGAACGUGCGUCUGGUAGGAGCUAGUACGGUACUGACCCUGUGUGAGGUUGAGGUGUACUCCGAGAGCAAAGCUGUAAUUGCCGAUAAACCUUCACCGGAAGUACUUGAAAUCUACGACCUAGAAUCGAAAUCCGCUAAUCUCACGUGCCCAAAAGCAUUUGGUCACCCUGUGCCGGUUGUAGCCUGGGUACUAAAUGACAAAGUUUACCAAAACAGCACUAGUCGUCACUUCCAGACACCGGCCAUGGACCGGACAUACGCCGACAAGACAUGGGAGUGCAUUGUGUCCAACAAACACGGAUCUGACUUUUACCAGUUUCCGGUUAAGGUCCUAAGCCACCUUAGAAUGUGUCGAGAGCAUACAAUAAAAGAUAGCAUAAAACGACGUGUUGAUUACCAAGACGGCAACUAUAGUAAUGAUGGCAGUCACAUCAAUGAGCAGAUAUGGCAGGCUUUCAAGAUGCACUCGGCGCCAAUGCAGCUACCGGAAUCGUGCGUGCCGACUCAUCGCUGCGGCGCCCAGGCCACCGGAUGGAUCACGCAGCCACAUCCUAGUGCCCGCGAUGGUGUGGUACAGCGGACAGUUUGUUUUCACUUGGACGGUGAAUGCUGCCGUUACAAAACACAAAUCUACGUACGCCGUUGCCAUGGUUUUUACGUUUACAAGCUACGAGAACUGCAUUUUGGAGUGAAUGCGAAAUAUUGCAUCACAGAGCUAAAGGCAGUUGAAGAAGAACCCAUUCUGAUGUCCAAGUUCAUAGCACCAGCUGGUCACGACAACUUUGCGUUACCACGUCACGCAAUCGCUAUAGAGCAGGAUGUUACGGUAGGAGAUUGCGUUACAUUCUGCAUGCUGGAUCGCAGGUGUCAAUCACUAAAUUACAUCACAAGCAGCAAGACUUGCGAGAUCAAUAACGCGACCAGGCACGAGAGCGAGGAUGAUGUAACGCCAAGAGCAGGAGUGGUCCAUUACGAGGCUGUGCAGGUCAUUCACGUCAACGAUUAGUGUACUAUCUUUUGUUUUUGCUUUUUUAAUAUAUCAUUGGUAUUGUAUAUCUUUAUAUACACUAUACACUGAAUUCAAGGAUAAUCAUAGCAAUUUUCAAAACUCUCUGUAAGAACAG